GGGCGGCGGCGGCGGGGCGCGCGGGAGGUGCGCGAGGUGAGGGAGGUGCGGGGGGCGUGGGCUGCGGGCUCCGCCGCCGCUCCGACGCCGGCUCCAGCUCCGGCUUUUCCCUCCGCCAUCCUCUCCCCCUCCCCGCCACUCCUUUAACUCCCCCCUCCCGGGCUCGGCACUGGUUUCCUCCCCGAGCCCGCUGCCCUCAAUCCCGGCGAGGCUGGGGCUCCAGCUCGCGCCCCUCCCUCGUUCCCUCGGCCGGCGCCCCAUGCCGCCCCCUCCCGGCCCCCGGCUGCCCCAGUCCCCCACUUAGGCCGGCCCCGCGAUCCCGGGGUGCCGGAGUGCGGGCCGGGGGCGUAGGGCGCCCGCGGGCGGCCCCUGGAAGGGCUCUAGCGGGCUGAGCGCUCCGCGGCAGGGGCGCGGGCAGAGCAGGAAGCGGGUCCGCGUGGGAGCGGGGGGCGGCAGCCGCCAGGGUGGUCAGGGCCGAGGAGCCGGGCCCGCCGAGGCAGUCACCGCAGGGGGCGAGCGACUUUGGGGGAGUUGGUGCCCCGCCCCCCAGGCCUUGGCGGGGUCAUGGGGGCCCCCCAUUCUGGGCCGGGGGGCGAGCGAGUCGGGGCCCUGCUGCUGCUUGGCGUUUUGGGGCUGGUGUCUGGGCUCAGCCUGGAGCCUGUCUACUGGAAUUCGGCGAACAAGAGGUUCCAAGCAGAGGGUGGUUACGUGCUGUACCCUCAGAUCGGGGACCGGCUAGACCUCCUCUGCCCCCGGGCCCGGCCUCCUGGCCCCCACUCGUCUCCUAAUUACGAGUUCUACAAGCUGUACCUGGUCGGGGGUGCCCAGGGCCGGCGCUGUGAGGCACCCCCUGCCCCCAACCUGCUCCUCACUUGUGACCGGCCAGACCUGGAUCUCCGUUUCACCAUUAAGUUCCAGGAGUACAGCCCUAACCUCUGGGGCCAUGAGUUCCGCUCGCACCACGAUUACUACAUAAUUGCCACUUCGGACGGGACCCGGGAAGGCCUGGAGAGUUUGCAGGGAGGCGUGUGCCUUACCAGAGGCAUGAAGGUGCUUCUCCGAGUGGGACAAAGUCCCCGAGGAGGGGCCGCCCCCAGAAAGCCUGUGUCUGAAAUGCCCGUGGAGCGAGACCGGGGGGCAGCCCACAGCCUGGACCCUGGGAAGGAGAACAUGCCAGGUCUGUUCCUCUCCCUAGUGACCCCCUCCCUGCGUCUCCUUUUACCCUCUUGGCUUCCUCUCCUCGGCCUCUCCCAUCUCCCGGGUGGGGGGACACCAGCAUCCCCCCCUCAGCUCCCCCUUCUGACCUCUCUCACCACCCGCUCCCCUCAGUCUGCCAAAAACGGGGGCCUUAUGGGGAAGGCUUGGGGCCUCCAGCCCGGCUGCGGGCGCGGGCGCGGGCAGCGGAGCCUCCUCCUCUCCAGCCCGUCUGGGGUGGUUGGGUCGUGACAGCUGCCGCGAGAAGAAGUGUCCUGUUUUGUCAGUGGCCACUAGCAAGAUCUGACCCGGUCGGGACACGCGUGUGGAUUGGGCCCGACGCUGAACGGGGCCCGCUUGGCCCGGGAAGUGACUUGUCCAGACAAGAAGUGCCCGGGGGGCGGGGGGGUGGCCUGGAUGGACGUGGCCUGGCCAAGGGGGCAGGAGCGGAGCCGCGGGCGCCGGAAGUGCCUUCAUCCAGGACAGGAAGUCGCGCUUCUGGAACAGGAAGUGGUCUGGCUGGAACUCCAAGUGGCUUAGUCUUGGGGGGGGCGGGUGUGGGGCGGCGGAUGGUUCUUACUCUGUGAGGUGUGGGGUGGGGGGGCAGGAAGAACUUCCUGUUUCAGGAGGAAGCUGGAACCGACUGGUAGAGGACAGGGUGGCCUGAGGACAUUUCCCCUGGUCUCCGGUGGCACCUCCCGGGACUUCCCUUCCCUGUUCCCUGGGCUGCUUGUAGGACAGCCAAGGUGACUGCUGUCGGCUGGGGCAGGCCCGCUUUGUCUCGUGCUUCCCUCUCCCCAGCCAAGUAUAAUCUCUGUUAAUCAACAGGACUAUCCCCAGAACCCAUGUGUUGUCCCCAGUAACCCAGAGGGCUGUCUUGUUCGUCACAUCGUACACUUCCUCGUCCCUUCAGACCCAACACAGCUCCCUUCUCAGUGACCAAAAUGGUGGCCUACUGACUGGUCUAGGGACGGUGGUACUUUGCCGCUUCCACUGUUUCCAUAGCGACCAGCACGUGCCUCUCUCUACCUGCCCCGUAGUGCACAAAUCGGGUGUUGCCUUCUUCUCCUCCCAGCUCCGUUUCACGAGAUCAGAGCUGCCCCUGGGCACCACGUCGGCCACCUCAGUCACCAGCCACGACGGUCACUUUGUCCGCCAGAGCUCCAGUCAUCUCUCUGGUGCUGUAGUUCCCAGCUCCUUUCUGGUUUUUCUAAUUGCUCCUUCCAGAGAACAGGAAGUUGGUAUUGCCAUGGGGGAGGUGGCGGGGUAUGGCCAGUCGCCUCAAUAGUUUUACUGUAAAAGGGAAAUUUGAACAACAAAAACCAAAAAAAAUAAAAAAUUAAAAACUUCAAAAGUUGA